CGGUGCGGUGCGGUGCGGCGCGGCGGCGAGGCCGGACUGACUUCCAUGAUGCUGAGAGGAGUUGCUCACGGUGCAAAAGAAACAUUCACUCUUCUGUUGACAAGAUCUCCGAGCUCUAACACGGGACUAAAGUUUUCAUCAGCAUGGCCUGAUGUAGCAAACAGAAGCUUCCUAACACAUUCCAAUUACACAACUGAUACCAAGUCAAGAGAGGAAAAUAAAAAAACCCUUGAGAAUCUCUACAGUUUGUCAGUUGACAUCACGAAGAUACGCAGACUGAAGGAAUGGGUCCUUCUCCAGGACGUGGCCUAUGUUAAAGAAAUUGCUGGUAUCUUACAGGAAAUGGGAGCAGAUGGGACCACUGUAGCCAGCAUUAUAGAACGCUGCCCCGAGGCAAUUCUCCACACCCCAGCAGAGAUAAACGCUCAAAGAGCUUUAUGGCAGUUAGUAUGCCAGAAUGAAAAACAGCUGAUUAAAUUAAUAGAGCAAUUUCCAGAGUCCUUUUUUACUACUGAGUAUCAGCAGAACCAGAAGGCAAACAUACUGUUUUUUCAAGAGCUGGGACUUAAGAAUAAUAUAAUCACCAGGUUCUUGACAAGUGCACCCAAUAUUUUCUACAACCCUGUUGAGAAAAACAAAAAUGUGAUAGAGACAUUACAAAGAAAUUAUUUAAAUUUAGGGGGCUCUGAAGCAAAUAUGAAGAUCUGGAUUCUAAAGCUAUUGAGCCAAAAUCCAUUUAUUUUAUUAAAUACUUCCACUGCAAUCCAGGAGAACUUGGAAUUUCUCCAAAAGAAUUAUUUCACUGACCAGGAAGUUCUACAGCUGCUGUCCAAACUCAAAGGCUUCAUUUUUCAACUUAAUUCUACCACUAUGCAGAAGAGUAUGCUUUUCUCCAAAAACAUCUUCAAGUGCAGUGAUCAAGAACUAAAACAACUAGUACUGAAAUGCCCAGCCCUUCUCUACUAUCCUGUCACAGUUUUGGAAGAAAGACUUGAAGGACUACUGAAGGAAGGAAUUUCUAUAGCACAGAUAAGAGAGACACCAAUGGUGCUGGAAUUGACAACACAAAUUGUUCAGUAUCGAAUUAAAAAGCUCUCUGCGUUAGGAUAUGAUAUAAAGAGUGGAAAUCUAGAAAGCUUGAACGGUACUAAAAAAGAUUUUGAAGUCACUUACGGUAAGAUACAAUCAAAGAAGGAGAGACCAAUUUUUAAUCCUGUUGCUCCUCUACACAUUGAAGAUUAAUGUGAACGCUGUUCUUCAAGUUAUGCAAAAGCAAAUUAAAAGGCAAGUUGAUUAUUUGAGAAGAGAUGGAGCAAAAGCAAUCUUAAUCAAGACUGUAGUCUUACACUGUACUUUGUUCAGGAGGGGGUCUUAGAUACAACUUCGUUAUACAAUCACAGUGUUGUAAUACUUUAAAAUAUCAUCAUAGAAGUUACAGUUAUGAUAAAGGUUGCCUUUUUUUAAGAGUACCUCAGAUGUGACAUUUUCUUACCUGACAGGGCAUUAACUGCCUUAGAUUUUCAGCUCUGUCACUGCACAGUCCAGCCUGUGGUAGUGAUUAGCACAAUUUUUAUCUAAGGAAGACAAAAGGAAGAUGAUUUUUCCAGUGGUGUUCAUCAGUCGGCUGGUUUGCUGUCUUCAGGAAACACCCUUGGAGUUCUUUUCCUUAUUGCUGAAGUAGCUCUAGCUCCUGGAUCCUGACCUGCAACAGACUGGAUUUCUUGGACAGCAAAGCCCUGUCCUGAGAACAGGGGCUGGACAUAAUAUUUUUUUAUUAACUGAGACCCUAGUAUCUUUGUGUACAAACCAUAAUGCAAAAGAAACUACAAGAUGAUAACAUUUAUAUUUCUGAGACUUCAAAAUUUACUUAUUUUUUCAAAUGGUGUGGGAGAGAAAGAAAUACAUUUAUUGCUAUUGUAUAGUUCUUAAUCUCUUCUAGCAAGGUUUGGCAACAAGACAGAUUAAGGAGAGACUCAAGUCUCAAAUGAUGGCAGGAGAAAAGAGAAAGUUAUGCUUUUCUAUUAGGUGCAACAAAAUUCUAGUCUGUAAACCACUGGUGAUUAAACAUGACUACCAGAUUUGCAAACA